AUGAGCUCUCAGGGCGAUAGCCAACCUUCACAGGACAGCACCAUGACGCUCAUGCAGGAAAACCUCUCAGAGGUUCUCUACUUUGCAUACGGAUCAAACCUUUCAACUAAGCAGAUGCGUAGACGCUGCCCAUACUCUACACCCGUUGGCCUCGCAUAUCUCAAGGGCUGGAAAUGGAUCAUCAAUGAACGCGGCUAUGCCAAUGUCGUACAGCUCCCUAUCGACUCAGACGACGAUGAAACGCCUGAGGCUGAAGACAACCGCCAGCUGGGCACAAAGGGCAAAGGGAAGCAGAAGCAGAGGCCCGAGGAGGGUGUAUAUGGGCUACUGUACCUUGUUCCGGCAAAUGACGAGGAGAGUCUUGAUAGAUACGAAGGCGUUCCAUUGGCAUAUCAGAAGUUUCAGGUGGAUGUCAAGUGGGCGAAUGCAAACAAGGAAGAGGACGAGACGUUGAGAGCGUUGGUGUAUGUUGAUGAGAUGAGGGUGGAGGAGGAUGUGCCACGAGAGGAGUAUAUUGAGCGUAUGGAGGAUGGAAUCGAGGAUGCAGUUGAGAAUUGGGGGAUGGAUGAGGACUAUGCUGAUCGAAGCAAGUUUGCAAUUAUGACAUCUCGCAAACUCUUAUCACGACAUAUGAUCCGUUUAGUUGGAGUCUCCGAACCCCGCAUGAUGACUACCUCAACGCCAACCUCAAGCUUCCCUGCAUGGUUCGCCCGUGGCGGAACAUCAAACGGUCUCGUCAUCCACCGUAAAGAUCUUGCCCCGGAAUCUCAAUGGCAUAAAGUACUCCCUUCAGCAAUGGGCUCACCCGAUCCCUACGGACGCCAGCUCAAUGGCAUGGGCUCUGGUAUCUCCUCAACCUCAAAGAUCGUCAUCCUUGGAUCACCUUCGAGAGAAGACGUGGAUGUGGAUUUCACAUUUGUGCAAGUUGGAAUCCGCGAUGGAAGCCUCGAUAUGGCUGGGAAUUGCGGCAACAUGUCGUCUUUGGUUGGUCCUGCGGCGUGGGAUAGUGGGCUGCUGUCGGCUCAGGCCAAGACUGUUGAGCAGGAUGAGGAUGGAUUGCAGUGGGCCACUGUGCGGUUCUUGAAUACCAAUACUAAUAAGGUUAUGAGUUCGAAGUUCCGAGUUGAGGGCGAGCCUCUAAAGUACACGCAUCAAGGAGAUUAUGUCAUGGACGGAGUCCCAGGAACAGGCUCCAAGGUCAUCAUGAGCUUCAUUGAUCCUGCUGGUGCGAAGACUGGCAAAGCUCUUCCAACGGGAAACCCCGUGGAUAUCCUCGAACUACAAGACGGAACCAAAAUCAUGGCAUCUCUUGUUGAUGUUGGAAAUCCUGGUGUUUUCAUCAGUACCGAAAGCUUGGGACUUGCUGAUCACAUGUCUCUCACACCAGCUAUCGUGGAGUCAAACCCCGAACUCAAGACAAAGCUUGGGGAGAUACGUCGAGCCGGUGCUAGUCUUAUGGGCCUCGAUCCCAACACGGAGAGUGUUCCCAAAAUUGUCCUUUUAUUCCCCUCGAGUGGUUCGCCAGACGUUGAUAUCAGAUGUCUCGCUUUGUCUAUGGGCCAGGCACACAAGGCUGUGCCAUUGACUCUAGCGCUUUGCCUUGGGGCUGCUUCCCAGCUCAAAGGGACACUUGCGUCUGAUCUUAUAGGGGGCCAGUCAAAGGAGACGGUUAGUAUUGGGCAUCCGAGUGGCAAAGUUGAUAUAGGGACUGUCAUUCGAGAUGGGAAGAUUGAGUCUGCGCAACUUUUGCGGACGGCUAGGGUACUCAUGAAGGGGGAUUCCUACUCGUUAACUUUUCUCUCUACUGAUGAUCAUAAAUUGUCUCAAAGUUGCGCAAUGGCUGACCUUAAACAUCCAUACUUUCCAGUAGACGCCGUCAUCCCAGGAUAUCUCCCCAACAACACUCCAGUGGCAGAACUGAUAGUUACCUUCGGUGCCAUCGUCUGUGCUGUGAUUGGGUUUAGUCUUUGGCAAACGACACGUACUGCAAAGCCUGUGCGAACGAUCGAUAAAUUUGCUGCUGCUUGGUUUGCGUUGUGUAACGUAGAGACCAUCACAUGUCUCGCCUGGGGACCACUCUCAUUCCUUGCUGUGGUAGGUAUUCUUAGGGACUGGCACAGCCGCCACGUCGUGCAGGUCAUCGUCUGUACUGCACAUGUGUACGGCGUUGCGCUAUACUACCUGACCAACUGGAACGAGUCGAGAGUGCAUGGCGUGGCGUACAGUCGCCCGGAGACGCUGUACUUUUGGGUCUAUUAUGUUGGUUUCAACUUGCCUUGGGCCGUUGUACCUCUCGUGUUGCUUCAAGACAGUUGGCUGCAGGUUGCCAGGGCGUUUGCAGCCUUGGAAGAGAGGAAGAGGGAGUGA